AUGGUCAUCUUCCGCAGCCCGCCACCGGUCGCGCGGCAAGGCCCUCUGGCGCUGCCAAAACCGCGCAUCGAGCACAGCCAGCAGCCCAACUCGUCGUUCAACGCCGACGCUUCCACAUCCAUCUCUAUGCGGCCAGGCAGCCUGCCCAACGCAUCUGUACCCUCGACACCCUCGCAGCACACAUCUCUCUACCCGUCCCUGCCCACCGCCACCCCCAACACCUCGCAGCACGGCCUCCGCCGGCCACCACCGCCUCCCGCAGACGACUUCCCCAGCCUCGACGAGAUGGCGCAGGUGCAGAGGCAGAAGAACGAAUCCAACGGGAGAAACACCAGUUUCACCUCGUCAUCGAGCGCCAGCGCAUCCCGUACCUACACAGCCUCGACUUCGAGCAGCUCCCGGCCGAUGCCUUCGUCGUCGACCACGGUGCAGGUGCCGUCGUCGUUGCCCAGGCCCAACAAGGCGCGUACCAGCCUCAGUCAGGGACCCGUCACGCGGAGGAGCAGCCUGACCGCCAUCGAGGCUGCACGGCAGCGCGCCGGUGACGAGACCCCCACAGCCGUCACCCAUGCCCGCGCACAGAGCCAGCAGGCAGGCACCCAUGGUGGCACUUCGACAGGCGAUGACAGCAACGACACCUCCAACGCCCUCGUUGCCGGGCCCAACGGCGCCGUCAGCGCCAACAUCUCGAUCGACCUGGAGAGCGGCAAGCUGCCAAUGCUCCGGCGGCCAUCGACAUCGAAGCGGAGCAGCGACGUCGGAACCCGCAGCAGCAGAAGCAGCAUGGUCGCGAGCACGCCCGCGCAGGAGCCAGUCGAUCCUCCCUUUGCCGGAGCCGACCUGUCGACUGCGAGCCAGAGAAGCCGUCGCAACGGCGAAGACCGACCCAUUUCGUCCGGCUACGACUUCUCCAAGUAUCUCGAGCAGGGCAUCGAUCCUUUCAAUGCAGCCUCGCGCAAAGAGAUGCGGCGCGAAUCACGGCCGCUGCCGGUGCCCGUCAGCCAGGAUGCCGACGACGGCGAAAUGUCGCGCGACGCCAGCCGCAGCUACAGCCGAAGCGGCGACGACACGCUCCGAGGGGACGCCAUCCUUCCGCCCUCGAAGCAGUCAGCGCGACCUCUGCCGCCACCCAUAGACGAUGCAGCCUCUGCAGCGCCUAACUUGGAGCACGGAGGGCAGGACCGCUCAGGCCAGGGUGGGAUCGACGUCGAGGACCAGCAGCCUACGCCCAAAGCCCAGCCCCCGAUCGCGGCCCGUGGCGAGGCAUCAGUCGCCGGCCGCUCCGUCUCAAGCUCGAUGGGCCCUCCGUCUCAGCUGCCGCGACCUCAGUUCAAAAUGCCCGCGCUGCCCGCCUCUCAGCCCGCCAAAAUGGCCCCGCCGCCGGUGCCGAUGCAGUCGACGCCAAGGGCGACGCCGCAGGCCGGUACCCGCAAGAUCAACCACCUCUCCGGCUUCAGCGUGCCCGGUGUGCCGUCAGUGGCGGUCAAUGGAGCUCCUGCCAGCCAGGCUGGCGACGAGAGCACGGUCAGCGCCUCAGCACAGAAACGGCGCCUCGAUCCAGCAGCGCGGACGGAUCGAUUGAUGAGCCUGGAGCUCGCCGAGGCAAAGAAGAAGGUCAAGCUGCUGUCCGAGAAGCUCGAGGUGUCCGAAGACCAGCAACGGAGGACCAUGGAGGAGUCCGAGGGCUGGGCCAGCGAGGCGGCCCGGCUCGAGGACGACGUGGCCCGGCUACGCUCGCAGCUCGAGGAUGAGGCCACGCAGGUGCACAGGGCGACGCUGGAGCUCGAGGCCAAGGUUGUGCAGCACAAGCUCGACGCCGACGAGCGGCAGUGGAGGCUGCUGUGCGAGAAGCGCAACUUCACCGAGCUCGAGUCGGAUCUGGUCUACUGCAGGAACGAGACGACCUACGAGUCGUACCGCGCCAAGGAGAUUGAGGCGAACCUGCUGAUGGAAAAGGACGACCUGCGGAUCCGCCUGAUGGCCGAGCGGAAACGCAGCGACGUGCUGGCGGUCAAGCUCAAGGGCAAGCUCAGGGAGACGGUGCAGCUGCGAAAGCGGCUCUCGGCCCGCGCCGGCGACGACUCGAGCCUUCGCAGCCACAACGAGCGCCUCUCGUCCGAGGUCGAAGUGCUGCAGGCGGACGUCGAGUCGCUGCGAACCGAGGCCAGCGACCUUCGCAAGCAGCUUGCCGCAGCGUCCUCCAAGACGCCCAAGCAGACGCAGGAACUCGAGGAGCUCCGGCGCGACAACGCAGAGAUGCAGGAGGACAUCGCCACGUACGUCGAGAGGGAGGAGAUGAUGGCCGAGACGAGGAAGGCGUGGAAGAAGGAGAGAAGGGAGAUGCAGGCCCAGAUCCGAGAGCUCGAGGCGCAGCUGGAAGAGUCCCUGGCUCAAUCGGAGGUCCCGAAGGCUGCGAAGAAGCGGUCAGCUGCUCCUGCGGCACACCUCGACGACGAGGCCGACGCACUAUCAGACGAAUCGCUGGCGGCGGCUCCGGUGGCGCAGGGCACCAAACGGAAGGGACCGUUGGCCAAGGCUCGGCGGGAUCCGAUGCAGGGAGCGAGCGACGCGGUGCCCUCGGAAGCCGAAGUUCCUCUGAGCAGCCCGUCGCACAAGGCGGCGAGGAAGGUCAAGAAGGCGUCGGCCCCAUCGGCGCUGGCCCGAGCCGCGCUCGUCGCGUCGAGCAAGCAGAGCCAGAGGAAGCCAAGCUACCGCGACGACAAUGAGCUGAGCGACGCGGCGAGCGACUACGGCAGCGAGCAGCUACCCGAUGACGACUACGAGGCACCCGCCCCUGCCAAGAAGAGCAGCACCGCCAAGAAGGGCGCGAAGACCAAGGCGGCCACGGCAGCCUCGACGGCUACGGCGGCCAAAGGCAAGCGGGCCAAGGCGCCCGUGGCCGUCGAGUACGACGAGUACACGGCGGACCCCUCUGCCACGCCAAUGAUCCGGACCAAGCGCUCGAUGGAGGAGAUGAUGGCCGAAGCCGAAGAGGCCGACGCCGCGGGCGAGGUGGAAGACAGCUUCCGGGGACCGUCACCCAACACGGCGCCUUCGAUGGGCAGCGCCGCGACAAAGGCGAUGGGCCCCAACGACGCGGGCGGGCCGCCGCAGAAGAAGAAGAAGCGCAAGCUGCUGGGCAGCAGCGGCGGCGCCGUGGGAGGCGGUGCGCCGGGCCUCAUGGCGUGGGCCAGCCGCGGCGACGAGAAUGGCGGCCUGCAGCCCGACUACAACAUUCCCCUCGAGCUGUCGCCCAUCAAGCCCGCGGCAGGCGGCGGCAGGCUGGGCGGCAUGUUCAAUGGCCUCGGCACCGGGCGAGGUCCGUUUGGCUGA